GGCAUAGGGAGUAAGGAAAUCUUUUUGAUUUAUCUUUUGGCUGUGUUUAUUAAAUAUUCUGUGGAGGAGAUUGUAUAAAAACAUAGUUUGUGUAAACUGUGAAGGUGUGAGUAAAGACUUCCCAGCGGGUCGCGUAUAUACUGGUGUGAGUAAGAUAGGGGAAUAUUUUGUAAUAGUUUCUGGAUUUAAUUUUCUACAGUUUUUCAAGAGUGUGUUUGGAACCGAGAGAUGUGUCUUGAUUAACUUGGAUUUAUAUAUUUUGAAUCCAAAUUCACUGGAUUUAUAAUUAAUUGUGAGAUAAAUUGUGUAUAAUCAUACGGGUGUCAGUAUCCGGAUUUUACGAACAGGAAUUAAUAGAAGUGAUUGAAAAAGUCUGUGAUUUGAAAAGGAAAAGCUUGAUGUAGGAGGAAACCAAUAUUCUGAGGACUUAAGUUCUGCAGAAGCAGACAACAUUUUCAUCAGGGUCAGUCAUGAGCUUGCAAGAGCACUCCUACCUGGCAUUGGCCCUGUAUACAGUCUUCUGUGGGACCCUGAUCACUGCAAACAAAGGCCCAGAAUGGAAGGAGGACUCCGAUCCAUAUUUGAACGUGUACCAGAAGAGCGAGAUGGAAGGAAAUGAGCUGAAACUGUCAUGUCCCGCAAAGGGACGACCAAAACCUGACAUAAUUUGGUACAAGGAUAACGAGCCAUUUUUUCCUAGGACUAGUGAGAUCCGAAUGAAGGGCAUCAACCUUAAGUUUACAGCACUGCAGAUAUUGGACCGGGGUAACUACACAUGCCUUGCUCAAAACACCGAAGGGAAGGUGGAGUUUACUUACGUGGUGGAUGUUGUGGAGAAGAUCUGGCCAUUGGAGGUUAACGUAUCAUCCAAUGUGACCAUUUACGAGGGAGAAAAUGCCCAGUUUUUCUGUCGUGUGCUCAAUGACAGGUCUGCCAGGAUACAGUGGCUUAUGAUCAUACCAGAUGAUCCUCCUUCACAUAGGUUUCUACAAAGUGAAAACGAGAGCCCUGAGAUUUUAAUCCUACACGAUGUAACAGUAGCUGAUGCUGGACAAUACACGUGUCUGAUCGGGAACGAGUUUGGUUCAAAAUAUCAACACAUGUAUCUGACAGUGCUGGUGAAAACUACAACUACUACUAGCACUACUACAUCAACAACAUCAACAACAUCUACUACGAGUACUACUACUACUUCCACUACUACAACCACCACGCCUUCAACCACUACACCGACAACAACCACAACCACAUCUACAACCACCACCCCACCUCCCCCAAUAUUCGACACUGAACCUGAGAGAGAAAAGGACAAAAAGAAGAAAAAGAAAGACAAGAAAAAGAACAGGAAAGAUAAAAAGAAGGACAAGAAAAAGAAAAACAAGAAGAAAGAUAGGGAACGUGAAAAGGCCAAGGAUACAUCUCUUUACGAUGAAGUUUAUGGGACGGAUGAAUAUAAGUAUGGAAGCACAGGGAACGACUUUGACGAUCCCUAUGUAAACCCGUACGACCAAAACAACUUGUACAACACAAACACGAACACCUUCGAUCCAGACGACACCUUCGUGUACAACCGAAACAAUGAGUGGGAAACACCCGAGUUCAUUGACACAAAUGAUCCCAAUUACCCUGGCAACGUGCGUAACAAGGAACCUGAAGCUGAGGAUGACCAAAAUGAUACUUUUAAUGUCGGUGAUCAGGGGGCGAGAAAUGGGACAAGUAGUACGACAACUGAGGAAGGGGAGAUAGGGGUGUGGACAUUGUAUAUUAUUGUGGGGGCGGUUGCCGGGGGAGUGUUAUUGGCAGGACUUGUUGCCAUAGCGAUCGCGUUGUGUUGUCAACGUGAAGAAGAAUCACAGUAUAAGUCAACGUCCGUUUGACUAUGACGCCAGAGUGCGGGGGAAAGACAACUUCAAGAACAACAACAGCAGCUACAACAGCAACUACAACAGCAACAAUUGCAGUAUUAUAAUGAUGAAAGACAGCUACAACAGCAACGACAGUUGCAACAACUGCAAUGCUAUUCUGAUGAUGAGCAUGGGUCAGUGAUUUUCAAUCAGGGAAUAAAUGGCUUUGUGCCGGGGUCUUUACCGAGGGUAGCGCCACGACAUGAAAGCUAUUAUAUAGGUGAAAAUGUGUAAGUCAUCAUGUUUUACGUGUUUCGAUUGGAGCGAUUUCACAGUCAGUUUUAUUUUUUACAAAGAAAAAUUAUUUUAAGGUAUUCUUUUUGAAGAAAAAAGUGGUGUGGAUGUCAAUUAAUUUCUGUGACAUGAAAAGUUUGUGACAUUGAAGAACAAUCAUGUAUAUACUCACAAGUAAAUAAAAUGAAGCGUGUGUUUGUAGUGUAAUUUUUUAAAUGCAUGGCUGUUAUAAUACUGCUUCAAAAUUCAAUCUCAUAUUUGUUUUAGGCUUUUUCACCAAGCUUUGCUUGUUUUAAUGCUUUAAGGACUGAUCUUUGUUCAAAAGUUGUUUUUUUUAGUAUAAAGAUUAUAAUAAAUUAAAGUUCCUAAUUUUAGUGAAAUCAAAAAUGGUGGGAAAAAGUACUGAUAAUUCAGUCAAUGGUUUGUAUAACAUAUUUUACAUGAAAAUGUCAUAAGGGUAAAUGGUUGUUAAACUUGUAACAUAUUGACAUGUGUAUAGAAAAUGAAACUAUUACUGUGAAAGAGAACCUGAAAACUGUGCUGUGUUGCAAAAUUACCCCAUGAGACUUUAAUUCAUUGCUGUUGGUGUGUUUACUGCUAGUUGUAUGUUUCAAAUGAAUGGAGCUAAUUCAUUUAAAAGUGAAGAAUAUUUUAAAGCAAUGCUUGCUUUACAAACCAAAGUUGUCACCCUGCAAGUAUCCCCCGUCACUCUGCGGAGUUUUUGGAUUCCGUCAAAAAUUGGAGCACAUUUGUUGAAGUGUUCCAAGAGUAUUAUUUAUGAUACUAUGUUAAUUUUAGGAGAUAUGUUAUAUUUGAAGAAUUAUUGUGUUAAAGUGUUUUAUGAUAUAUCAUACAGUGUUUUUUACAAUCAAAUGUUUAUUAAUGUUUGGUUAUUGUAUAUAUGAUCACUAUGUAUAGACACACUCAAAUUUCAAAGGUGUGUGGAAGAAAUUAUUAUUGUGGUGUUCAGUUAAAGGUGAAAAAAGUGAAUACGAAUGCAUUAUUUUGUGUUAGGAUGCUAAAAUGUGUAUUUGAAUAUUUUUCUCUUUUUUCCCCAUUUUAUCUUGAAUGUUGCUAAAAUAUCAGAAUGUUUUACUUCAACUGAAUAGUGUAUAUUGAAAAAAACGAAACAUGUUACAUGUAAAGAUUUAUUUCACAUUUUGGCUCUGAAAAAUAAAAAGAGGAUAUACUUGCACAUUUUGAUAAUCAAUUUGCAGUGAAACUGCUUAAUGAGUUGCAUUUUCACAGUAAGCGCGUGUGUGGUGUACAAUUUUAUCAUUUGCUUGAGACAUAAUUGGCAGUCUUUCCAAGCAUAUUUUAUUAUGAAAAAGAUGGCUUCAUUUCAAUGGACACCAAUAUCUCUGGCCAAAAGAAAUAUAUUUUUUUGAAAGGAACAUACGUGUUAAUUAUGAACAUUGGAUAUUUUGGUGCUAUUUAACAAUGCAAUUAUGCCUAGUUGCCCAUAGUUGAUAAGAUUCAAUAUUUUUAAGCUUGCAUGAGUGUUUUUAUAACGUGUAUAACAUUUUUUUGAGGCAAAAAUUAAUAUAAAAACAUGAAACUACAUGUGUAUGAUUUUUUAGUAUUGCACUGUGUCUAUUUCAUUGAUUACAUUAUUCAGUGUGUAACCUGUUGACCUUUUGAAGAGUUCGUACUUAAUAACAGCCUUCAAAAGGUACAUGGUUAUACGUGACCUACUUGUGGAUAGUAUUGUUCUUUGUACAAUGUACAUGAUGUACAUAUUUAUUACUUCAUUAUGUGUUAGUGAUUUCAUAAUGUGUUAGUGAUUUCAUAAUGUGUUAGUGACUUCAUAAUGUGUUAGUGAUUUCAUAAUGUGUUAGUGACUUCAUAAUGUGUUAGUGACUUCAUAAUGUGUUAGUGACUUCAUAAUGUGUUAGUGAUUUCAUAAUGUGUUAGUGACUUCAUAAUGUGUUAGUGACUUCAUAAUGUGUUAGUGAUUUCAUAAUGUGUUAUGACUUCAUAAUGUGUUAGUGAUUUCAUAAUGUGUUAUGACUUCAUAAUGUGUUAGUGACUUCAUAAUGUGUUAGUGAUUUAGCAUCCUGUGUUUAUAUACAUGUGUCAAUUAUAGUUCUAUUGAAGAGAAAUCGGUAACUUGUUUCAUCUUAAAUGUCACAAUAUUUUAUUACUAAUUUUAUAAAAAAAUACUUUGCAAACUCGUCAAGUUUUAAAUAACUGCUACAUAAGCAUUUUGGGCCUAACACUUAACAAUUUAUUAUACAUCUCAUUGUAAUUAAGACAUAAACAACGACACUUUGAAUCAUUGCAUCGAUAAGUUUGAACAUAUCUGAUUUAUAAAAAAUAACAUUAAAUCCAUUGAACAUAAUUACAUAAUACUUUAAAAAUUAUGUCCAUCGAAAUCUCAUAUUAUUUACAUUUUGUAUUUUUUCACUCUGUAAAACCAAACCCUACACAAUUUCAGUUGGUGUCUUCGGCAGCUUUGUAGGAAUCCUUCAAUCAAAUGUUACGAUUUUGUAACAGAUAUUAUGGAAAUAACCAUUGUAUUUUAGACACUACCAUUUUAUUGUGGUUAUUACCAGUUAAUUAAGUAUUUUAUUAUAAUUGAUAUUAUCAAUAUUUUUUGGAUAUUUCCUUUUGAUUAUAUUGGAUAUUAACAUUUUAUUAUGGAUAUUACAAAUUAAUGAUUGAUAUAUGUAAUAGUAUAUGAACAACAUGAAGUAACAUUUUAAUGAUUAGGAAUGGGCAGACUGAGAUUAGCGAACAGAGCCUUCUUAAUCACUAAAAUACUACUUCAGGUUAGAAUACAACCUCAUUGGCUUAAACAUUGUCCACGCAAAAUCUGACACAUGGAGUUUGUAUCAGAUAAGUGGCAGUUUGUAUUGCAAAAGUGGACCUUUAGUCACCAGCGAAAGUAUAAAUUCUUAAUGAUUAAGCCCAUUACUUCAUGAUUACCUAUCUGCAAUUUCAUUGGCAGAAAAUGUAGGUUGUAUUCUAUUACUGUUUUAUGAUGGAUAUUACCACCAUUAUAUUUCAGAUAUUACCAUUGUAUACUGGAUACCACUUAUUCUCAUGUUUUUAAACCUUUCUACACUAAUUUGAUAUACAUUUUUACACUUGCAGCUUUUUUCUUUGGCUGUGUUGUGCAAUAUUUUUUCAUCAAAAAAUCAAAUCGGGUAUUUUUACUGACAUUUGCGCUUUUUCAUAUUUUUUCUCGAAAGAGAUUCAUCAUGAAUUUUAUCACUCAAAAUUACAGUUCUUUGUUUGUAUUAAUUGUGAAUUAUCAAACUUGUUCAUUAAGGCCAUUGAUUUCUUUUACAAGGCUUAAUUACAGUUGUUUUUUUUCUUUUAGCCAUAAAUGUGUGCCAUUGUUUUUCCUUAAAAUUCCUUAAGAAAAGAACUCAGUGCUAAUUGUUAAGAACAAUCAUAAUUUUCUCUCAACUGUAUGUAUUUACCUCAGAAUUAUUAGAGCCUCUUAAACCAGUUACUUGAAAGUUGUUUUUAAAAAAUACAAGUCCGCAAAAUGUAUUCUCAUGUAUAUAACUAUUUUCAUGAAAGUUUUGCACAUAUAAAGGAUGUGUCCAGUACAGUUUUGAUUUCGUGUUGUGUUCUGUAUUUAAAUAGUUCAUUUCGUUAUACAUUGAUAUUGUGAAACAGCCCUUUAACUUUUAUUAUUUUUUACGCGUAUUUUCUUUUUUCUUGCCAUAUUUUUCGUAAUACCUCAACAUUGUGUUUUCUUAUUUUAUUAAGCUGUCAAUUUUUUAAUAUAUAUUACACAUGAAAUAUGUAUUGCUUAUUUGAUUUUUUUUAAGGUAGCAAAAUUUAUUGUGUUGCUUUUCCUUAUAAUAAUAAUCAAGUAUCUUUAAAACAAAAUAGAAAUAAAUAACUUUGAGAUCACAUAUGUCCUAUUACCAGGCAGUAUUUAUACAAUGAUUUUUUUUCUGUUUGUUUCCAGACUUAUGAAAAAGUGCUGGUACUUAGGUAUACCUUCAGUUUAUUAAAAAAAAAAUACACAUAUUAAUGUCACCAAAUGUCUUUUCUUUGUGGCAUAUUCUCCAGUUUAAUUCCUGUUUGGCAAUUUUCUUUUUAAUCUUUUAUGUUAAUUCAUGGUCUCAGUCAUGCGAUGACUGCAUUAUAUCAGUAAAUACAACGAUAGAAACUGUUCUUGUGUAAGAAAUAUUAUAUUUAGAUUAGUAAUAAAUAUGAUAUAAGUCUAA